GUAUGAGCUGACCCACCGCGCUUCUGCCAGUCAGUCCCUCCGGACCUGCUGCGAGUCUCAGGCUGCCGAAAUCACCGCGCCUCAGUCGGAGCUCGAGGCCUGUGUUUCUGCAGAAAACGGGUCGCGAGGCCUCUGUCAGCAAUGCUAGAUGUGCGGAGCCAGGCAGCUGCUGGAUGAUUUCUUACAAUUGAACGGUAAAAGGGAAAUGUCCUCCCGAAUCCUGGCCUUUGACAAUGAUUUUUCAUCUGAACGGGUGAAAAUUGUCAGUCCCCGUAGGGAGAAUAGAUUCGUUAUUGGGGUGCCUUUUUGUCUGGUGCGUUUGUUCUGAGCCUGCUGACCAGCUGUUUCUGAACUUCAUUUUCUCAGCCUCGACAGUGAUUCUGAGUCUGCUUUUAGCUUCCCUUCGCCUGCCUUGGCUUUUUCUGUACGUGAACAGCUGCUUGGCCCAUAGCUUAGAGAAAGCAGCUUUCUUUCUUUCUUUUUUUUUUUUUUUCCUCUCCCAAGAGAACCUCCUCCCUGUGCUCAGAGAGAUGGGGAGCGGGGAGCCGAAUCCUGCUGGCAAGAAAAAGAAAUACCUCAAGGCCGCCCUGUAUGUAGGUGACUUGGACCCAGAUGUCACCGAGGACAUGCUGUAUAAGAAGUUCAGGCCUGCUGGCCCUCUGCGCUUCACCCGCAUCUGCCGUGACCCGGUGACCCGCAGCCCCCUGGGCUAUGGCUAUGUUAACUUCCGCUUUCCAGCGGAUGCCGAGUGGGCCUUGAACACCAUGAAUUUUGAUUUGAUUAACGGCAAACCCUUCCGCCUCAUGUGGUCACAGCCAGAUGACCGUUUAAGGAAGUCUGGAGUUGGAAAUAUAUUCAUCAAAAACCUGGACAAAUCCAUAGACAAUAGGGCCCUGUUUUAUUUAUUUUCUGCUUUUGGGAACAUUCUCUCCUGCAAAGUGGUAAGCGAUGACCACGGCUCUAAAGGCUAUGCCUAUGUGCAUUUUGACAGCCUGGCUGCUGCCAACAGGGCCAUCUGGCACAUGAAUGGAGUGCGGCUCAACAACCGCCAGGUGUAUGUUGGCAGAUUCAAAUUCCCGGAAGAGCGGGCAGCUGAAGUCAGAACCAGGGAUAGAGCAACUUUCACGAAUGUUUUCGUUAAAAACUUUGGCGAUGACAUGGAUGACGAAAAACUGAAGGAACUGUUCAGCGAAUACGGGCCAACUGAGAGUGUCAAGGUAAUCAGAGAUGCCAGUGGGAAAUCUAAAGGCUUUGGAUUUGUGAGAUAUGAGACACAUGAGGCUGCCCAAAAGGCUGUGCUAGACCUGCAUGGAAAGUCCAUCGAUGGGAAAGUCCUAUACGUAGGGCGAGCGCAGAAGAAAAUCGAACGCCUGGCUGAGUUAAGGCGGAGAUUUGAGAGGCUAAGAUUAAAAGAAAAAAGCCGCCCUCCAGGGGUGCCUAUCUAUAUUAAGAACCUCGAUGAGAGCAUCAAUGAUGAGAAACUGAAGGAGGAAUUUUCUUCCUUUGGAUCAAUUAGCCGGGCCAAAGUGAUGAUGGAAGUGGGGCAUGGCAAAGGGUUUGGUGUUGUGUGCUUCUCUUCUUUUGAAGAGGCGACCAAAGCUGUGGAUGAGAUGAAUGGUCGCAUAGUGGGUUCCAAGCCCUUGCAUGUCACUCUGGGCCAGGCCAGACGCAGGUGGUGAGGUCAGGAAUGCUCAAUUUGUUUCAGCCUUAGCUGGUGCCUACUUAGUUUGGGCUCCUUUGUGAUAAGGGGUUGUUUUAUGCCAAUUCAUAGUUUUUU